CGUGGUGAGACGGGAAAAUGGCGGACAUGGAGACCGAGGUUGAUGGCAAGAGUCUGGAUAGUGGCAGGGAACGAGAGGCAGAUGACAUUGAAAGCUCUGAAAAGAGCGGGAACGAAGAGGAGAAUGGCGACGUGUCUGGAGAGGAAGAGGACGAGGAGGAAGAUGCAAGAAAGCCUGAGGGGGAGGCCAAACACAGCAGCAGCAGCGGCGCUGGAAAACACAAGAAGAAGAAACACAAGCACCGAAGCAAACACAAGAAACACAAGCACUCCUCCCCUGAAGAUAAGGACCGCAGGCACAAGCACCGACACAAGCACAAGAAGCACAAGCGCAAGGAGUCAUCCUCUUCGGCCAUGGGUCACAACAGCACUGCGGGGGGCAAAGAUGAUAGUUCCCCAUCAUCCAAACGGCCCAAGCUGGAUGACAUGGCGGUGCUGGAAGAUCUGGAGAAGCAGAGGGCCUUGAUCAAGGCUGAGCUGGACAACGAGCUGAUGGAGGGAAAGGUGCAGUCGGGCAUGGGGCUUAUUCUGCAAGGGUACAACUCUGGCUCGGAAGAGGAGGGUGAGAUCCAGGAGAGGGCACGGAAUGGAGAACAGCAACAGAGGGGGAGUUCUGGGAAAGCCCUGGUCCCAAAGGGCCAGACUAGCACACAGAGCAAGGAGGCUAAGAGCAGACGGGAGUCCACCGAUGCCAGCAAGCCUGGGUCCAAGCGCCGCAGCCGGAGUAAGUCCAAGGAUCGGUCCAGCAAGCAGCAUAGGUCUGACAAGAAGAGGAACAAGACCACGGCUGAGGCACACAGCAAGGACAGAACGAAAGGCCGUAGCCGGUCUAGGGACAGGAAGCGCUCUCGGAGUCCAGAUCGGUCCAAGGACAGGAGCAGAAAAUCGAAAAGCCCUGCAAACAGGCGACGUUCCUCCCCAGAGAAGAACCGCCACUCGUUGUCUCCAUCCGGAGAAGCAGAGCGGAAGAAUCGCGCUAGCAAGAGGCCGUCGCCCCAGUCAGGGAUGGUGCAGUCCGGGGAGAGCCGGAACCGGGAACGGGGUGGUCGCCGGUCCAAGACACCUGAGAGGAGGAGCCGUUCACGAGACCGCCGCUCCAGAUCCAGGGACAGGAAAACCAGGCAAGCUGAGCGAGAGAGAGAGAGAGAGAGGGACAAGGACAGAGAGAAAAAAGCCAAUAAGUCCCCUUCUAAGGAUGCCUCUUCAGGAAAAGAGAAUCGCUCUCCAAGCCGCAAACAUGGCCACAGUCCGCAGCACCUCCGCAGCUCCUCCCCAAGGCGCAGAGAGCGUAGCGUCUCCCUUCGGCGCAGGGACCGUCGCUCCCCGCAGCCCUCCUCUAACUCUCAAGCCACUGACAGGAGGUCCAAGCAGAGGUCAACCUCCAGAAACCGGUCCCCUGCCCGGAGGGGGCGUAGUCGCUCCCUGGAUCGUCGACGUAGGGAAGCAGACCGACCGCGUGUCUCACCAGUUAGGGUUCGCUCCCGAGAUGAGGCAGGAGCACGCAGAGACAGUAGCCCUGUUCCGGGGUCUCGGCGGAGGGUCAGCCGCUCACCCAUUAGACGCAGGUCACGCUCCCCUCGAGGACGCAGCCGAUCCUCGUUCCGACGAAGGUCCCUGGAGCGUGAUAGGCUGAGCCGCAGGCAACGAUGGCGUUCAGGUUCAAGGGAGCGUCGCAGGAGACGUAGCAGGGACAAGGAGGACAAGUUUAAGGGCAGCCUUUCGGAAGGCAUGAAGGUUGACCAGGAGGAGUCCGAUGAUGAAGUACUGGAGGACUAUGAUAUUGAUGAAGAAGAUGAGGAGGCUGUUAUUGAGCAAAGACGUCUUCAAAGACUGGCCAUCGUGCAGAAGUACAAGUCGAUUAACGAAGACAGCAACAUGUCCGUGCCAUCGGAGCCCAGCAGCCCACAGAGCAGCACACGCAGCCGUUCUCCAUCACCCGAUGACAUCCUGGAGCGUGUGGCAGCUGACGUCAAGGAGUAUGAGCGAGAGAACAUGGACACCUUCGAGGCUAACAUCAAGGCCAAGCACAACCUCAUUGCCCCUGAGAAGGAUGGAUCCAAUCUAAAAAAGCCAUCAGCACCUGAUAUGUUUACGGAAUCAGACGAUAUGUUUGCUGCAUAUUUUGACAGUGCAAGGCUUCGAGCAGCAGGCAUAGGGAAGGAUUUUAAAGAGAACCCAAAUCUCAGGGAUAACUGGACUGAUGCUGAGGGCUAUUACCGAGUGAAUAUCGGGGAAGUUUUGGACAAACGAUAUGGGGUGUAUGGGUAUACAGGGCAGGGUGUGUUCAGCAACGUGAUACGAGCACGAGACAUGGCCAGAGCUAACCAAGAAGUGGCAGUUAAGAUCAUCCGCAACAAUGAGCUCAUGCAGAAAACAGGGCUUAAGGAGCUGGAGUUCCUGAAGAAGCUCAAUGAUGCCGACCCUGAUGAUAAAUUCCAUUGCCUGCGACUUUUCAGGCAUUUUUAUCACAAGCAACAUCUCUGCUUGGUCUUUGAGCCCCUUAGUAUGAACUUGCGCGAGGUGCUGAAGAAGUACGGCAAGGACGUGGGUUUGCAUAUCAAGGCCGUACGCUCCUACAGCCAGCAGCUCUUCCUGGCUCUAAAGCUGCUCAAGCGCUGUAACAUCCUGCAUGCUGAUAUAAAGCCUGACAACAUCCUGGUGAAUGAGUCAAAAACCAUCUUGAAGCUGUGUGACUUUGGCUCUGCCUCACACGUGGCAGACAAUGACAUUACACCUUACCUGGUCAGCAGAUUCUACAGAGCACCUGAAAUUGUCAUCGGGAAGCCGUACGAUUACGGUAUUGAUAUGUGGUCUGUGGGCUGCACGCUGUAUGAACUGUACACAGGAAAGAUCCUGUUUCCUGGGAAAACAAAUAACCACAUGCUAAAGCUUGCAAUGGAUCUCAAGGGCAAAAUGCCCAAUAAGAUGAUCAGGAAAGGCCUGUUCAAGGACCAGCACUUUGAUCAAAACUUGAACUUCUUGUACAUUGAAGUAGAUAAAGUGACAGAACGGGAGAAAGUGACUGUGAUGAGUACGAUCAACCCCACAAAAGACCUGCUUGCGGAUAUGAUUGGCUGCCAGCGGCUCCCCGAGGACCAGCGUAAGAAAGUUGUCCAGCUCAAAGACCUUCUGGACCAGAUCCUUAUGUUGGACCCGGCCAAGAGGAUCAGCAUCAAUCAAGCCCUGCAGCAUCCUUUCAUUCAAGAGAAGAUCUGAGCAACACAGCCCCCCUUGCUUCUAAGUACAAUGGGUCUUGCAAAUAAGUGAGGCGUUAGUAACCAGAGACUCAACAGAGGAAGAGUAUUUUUAACGUAAUGAUUUUUCCCCCAUUUUGAAGGACGUACCUUUGUUUUUAUUUUAUUAUGACUUUAUCAUAUAACCAAAGUAGGGGUCCAAGAAUACAUGUAUAUAUUUUUCCUUCUCUGAGGACCUGCAAGAUGCUGAUUGAAGCAAGUCUUGACUUCAACCUCCGUUCAAAAGAGCAAAUAUGGCUGUUCUGUUUAUGGGCCUUGUACCUAGUUUUAAAGUGGAAAAGUUAUUUCAUUUACUGUGUAAUGUUGAAUUUAUUCAUUUUUGAAGUUGCUUGUUCUUGGGCCCUUGCAGGUGACUGGCGCGGGGAGGAUAUGAUGUAAAUAUGUUUAUUGUAUUGUUCAGAUUUCGAUUGUAGGGAAGGUUUAUUGUCAAAAUUGGUUGCCAUGGCUGCACAGAACAGAAAAAAGACAAGAGGUCCUGAUGAUUGUAUACAUCUUUUAUGUAGUUUAUUAAGUACUUUGCUAUACAUGUGCACAUAUACGGCUGUGUGAGCGGCGUGUAUGUGCUGUAAGAUGCCUCGUGCAGACCUGGCAGCUCUUGCUGUGUGUGGCGCAGGCCAGCGUAAAUGCUGUCUAUAUCCGCAUCUCCCCCAGGCGUGCCCGUGGUGUAGGCCUGUGCCGAAGGGGGGUCUCGUGUCCUUCUUGAGCCCGCCUGCAGGGACGGCCUCCUCUGUUAAAGCAGGUUGUGUACCACUUUCAGUACACUGAAGGUAAGCUCCCCCAAACCCAUCAGCUCCUCUGGUGUUCUUGCACUCUGGCACACCAUAGCACACCGGCAGAAGCACUUGUACCGCGUGAGGUUCUAGCUGUGUAGGUGAGCACACACCUGUGGCUGUUGCAUGUCUGUAAGGACGACACACAAAGAGGACACACUCCCUUUUGAAAUCUGUGGGCCUCACGGUUUUACUUUGUUUUAGCUAGGGCCAACUACGAGUGUGUCAUCAGUCUGCAUUUGUAAAAUUGUGGUACAUUUGCCCUUCAAAAAACAGGGUGAAAACCAGUGCAUUUGCGGCAUACCAGUUAUGGGUGCAGACCGGAGGGGUGGGAGGAAGCUCUGACGGUUGAAGGCACCUUCAGUGUACUGCUUUUAUUAAUAUUUCAAUCUUCACAACUGUUUUACAACAUAGUACAGUGUAGUCCAUAGUGUUUUUACCUCCUUCCCCCCCCUCCCUUUGGCUUAUAAAUCUCACAAACCGCAUGUAAAGCUGUGAGAAGGUAGUCCAUGUCCCAAGUUCUGUGUAACACACUUUUAAGUGUGCACUUUUAUAAAAAUGUGAUAUAAACAUUCUCUGGAUUUUUUUGUUUCCAUUUUCAUGUUUGUGAUCAUGUUGUCUUUUGAUACAGGGAUAUUCCUGCUCUGAUCUUUGCAUCUGCUUGUUACAAGCGGUAAUUGCCUCUUUACUUUUUCCCUUUGUACUGUUAAAUCCAUCUCUGGGAUUAUUCUAAGGGAGGUAGACAGAUACAUAAAUGUAGUACAUGCGGUUUUUCUUUUUGUUUUUUUUUUUGUUUUUUUUUUUCUUUUGCUUCUUGUAAUCUCAAAGUCUUCCCUGCAUGUGACUGGACGGUGCAGAAUUCUUGUGAAUUCACAGUAUGCGUCAAAAAGCAGCGUAAAAUAAAGUCUUUUGUGGAAAAAAAAUCGCCAAAAUGUGUUUACAAACCUCUUGAAUUUUUGUGGUCUCUCUUCUGCGCUAACAUUUCCUUUGUAAGUGUAUACAUAUCUACAUAAGUGUAUAAUUUAAUUUCAUAUAUGGAGCAGAUUAGUGCACAAAUUGCUCCAAGUAUGAGCGUUUUGUUAGGCUGUUGAGGUGUUGAUAGGACAGCAGUCCCACAUGUACUUUUCCUGACACUAAUUACUGUUUGUGAUGUUUUUCCCACUGUUCCCUGUGGUCGCUGAGCGAGAAAGAAAGCAAGUUAAGGCUCCAGGCCAGGGGGACUUUCUCCAGCCAUCCACUACAGCCUGGUUCUUCUUUGAAAGAGACAAGACCUCCAGCUACUUAACAAGGUCAUUUCUGAUGGCAUGUGUAGAUAAAAGAGAGACUGUGAGAGACACACAAAUAGAGAUGCUAAUGGAAGCGAGAUCCUGAAUGCGCUUCAAGGGUCACGCUGAUGCUGCUUUCACGUUGACGGUUUUGCCUUUUUCACAAGUCUGUGCUCAGGGGUAGAAGAGUUUCUGGGGCGAGGGAAGAAAAAAAAAAAAAUCAAAGAAAAGGACUUUGCCAGAUGCUGGAGUAAAAUAAGACCAAGUUUGGAUCCUUGGAGAUUUGUUUUAUACAAUUGUUAUAUUAGGUUAACACGUCAACAGCUCUGAAUGCUUGGCUUUGGUCGGUUUGUAAACGAUUUGUCAACGGUAACUGGUUAACCCUUCGGUCUCCUCAUAUCCCACGAGUGGGACCUGAAAAGACGGCUCAGGUCUGCCAUUCUCUCUUGUUGACUUGCUCAGCAGAUCCUGUGUGCGUGCGGACACAAUCUUGUCUUUAUUUCACGUACUUCACAGAGAAGAAAAAUUACGUACCUUUCCAUAGAAAUGGACUCGCCUGAACAAUUUUGUUUCCUUUUCUGUGUGCUGAAUGUUCAGCAUAAAUGCAUCAAGAUGCUUGUUUAUGUUAUCUCUGUAUUCUAGGUGCAGCCCCUUAGAAGACCAUCACAGGAAACCUCAUCUGGACAAAGGUUUCUGUUCUAGAGAGUUCUGUGUAGCCUUUUGUGUGAAUGGCUAAUUGUUGACUGUUUGGACGUGCGCUUCUCAUUCUGCCAGUUUACAGGAAAUGCGUGUUCUGUCAGUGAGGUAUAAUUUCAAACAUUAAUAUCCACAUUAGAGGUCCUGUGAAAUGGUACUUAGGCCCAGUCUUCCUGUUUAAGUUGUUCGCAAGUGUGUGGUGAAUAACAUGAAGAGAGGAACACGUAAGCUUUUUAGGAGUAAUUGAGUAUCGAUUAGAGAAUUGCACAAUUACAGUGAGUGGGAUAUUGUUCCAGAUGUACUGUUGUCAGCACCAUUAAAGGGGGGUGCGUUUAUUUAAAAAGUAUGUCUAUACCGAGUGAACGUCAACAAGGUAAUGCCCUCUUUCUUUGUCAAAAUGUUCCAAGGUCUUUUUCUGGCCCCAUUCAUUAAAAAGUCCUUUUUGUGCUCUUUUCUUUCAGGGUAAGUUGCUGUUUCCUUUCAUCAGACAAGAGGCACCAAACCUUUCAUUUGGAUCUUAAUGUUAUUUACUGACAUUUGUCUUGAGUUGUUGACCUUGCUUUUUAAGACCACAUAGUUUUUCUAGCCUUACGUUCCCAUUGUGAGAGUUUUUAAACAAUGUUUUUUUUUUCUGACUUUGUACAACCUUGCACUACUGGUGUCGUUUUGAGGAAUAAAAAGAUUUAACCCA